ACUAAAUUAGGCCUAUCUAAGCAUUAUUUCACAAGCCCAUUACUUUCCACUCCAGCCCAUAACAAACUCCUCAACCUAAACCCCCGAUUCUUAAAUCCUACCAUCUCCCUCCCAAAUCAAAUCCCUUCCUCUCUUCAACAAAAUCAAACCUCUCUGUAUUUCUUGUUUCUCAAGAAUCACCAAGAAAAUUAUCAAGAAAAUGCCAAACCCAUUAAAGAUUUUCUCCAUCAGCAAGAAACAAUCAACAAUCCCAUUCAAAGAAUACUACACCAACUGGUUCCACACUCUCAAGAACCCUCUCCUCCCACUCCUCCAUCAAACCCUAUCGUCUCCUUCGUCUCAAGCCCUUCUCUCGUCCCAUCUCAAUCUCCUCCUCCACCAUUUUCUCUCGUAUUACGACUCUCUUGAUCUCGCUGUAACCACAGACCCCAACAAUCUUCCGUACCUUCUCUUCCCUUCUUGGAGAAACUCCCUCGAAAAACCCUUUCUUUUCCUCGGCGAUCUUCAUCCCUACACUUUCACUAACCUAAUCCGCUCGUUUCUUGAUCAAGAAAAUCACUCCGACGAUGAAAACGAUCUCGUUCUUGAUAAUUAUAACGAAAAGAAAAGUUUGGUCGUUCUUGAUCGUCCUUGGCAAGUCAUGAUGGCCUGGAAAAACACUUCCAAGAAACUGAUUAACAAGAUUGAGCAAAUUGAAUGCGGGUUGAGGUUGAUUGUGCCUUCUCUUAUGGACAGAUAUAAACGGGCUCAGGCCGGUUUUGUGGCUCGAGUUGCCGAUGACUGGGUUGGUUUUGGUGGGAAGAAGGAGAAAUUUGAUGUUGGUGAGGCGAUGAAAAUGGAAACUGAGGAGUUAGUGAGUGUUUUUGUGGAUGCUAAUAGGUUAAGGAGGAGUGUGAUAUCUGAAAUUGUGGGGGCUUUGAAUGUUUAUCAAGGGGCUUUGUUUCUUGAAGGUUUAGCCCAAUUUCUUGUUGGGUUUAAAGAACCUGGUUUGAUUCGUGAAUUUGAGAAGUGCAAGAUUCCUAUCAAUGAUCGAGCCGGGAAUUAAUAGUGGGGUUUGAUUGUAACUAAUCAUUUUCUGUACUUUAGUAGUUGCUUACUGUUUUUUUGUUGUCAUUUCUUGAUUUUGCCCUAUCUUUGUAUUGGGUUUAUUGUUUGCAGUUUGCUAAUAGCUUCAGAUGUUCUUGAUUAAGUUCUUGAAGGGAAAAUAAGUAACUAGUCUGAUUUGUAUUAACGGACGUUUUGAAUUUGUGCA